AUGGGGGUUCCAUUCAUCGAAGCCGAAUCGGAUUCCGAACUCGACGAAUAUUUCAGAGACUUGUAUGCAGCUCCGUCUUCACUGAAAUAUGAUAAACUCGUCCCAACUGUGGACUAUAGCACCACGCCAAUCCAUGAGCGUCCUCUUUUGCUUGUCCAACUCACAAGCUUCUCUUCUUGUGGUCUCGUCUGCCUCGGCCUUUCCAUGUCGCAUACAGUUAUUGAUGGUUACAGUGCGUUUCAUUUUUUGUCUGAGUGGACUAGGUUUGCCCGGAAUAAGCCAUUAGAGACGGUUCCGUUUCUAGACCGUAAAGCCGCUUUUCGUGCUGGAGAUCCUCCACUUGCUCCAACUAUUGAUAAUCCUCCUCUACCUUCGUUAUCGAUCCAUGCAGACAAGGAUAAAAAGAAGAAGGGGAAAAGAGUCGCCAGCGCGAUUCUAAAGCUUUCAAAAGAUCAAGUGGAGAGACUCAAACACAUGGCAAACGAGGGCCGCAGCGAAACCACUAGGGCUUACACUCGUUUCGAGAGUUUGGCUGGCUACAUUUGGAGAUGCACAUGCAAAGCUCGGAAGCAUAGGAUGGAUCAUCAUCCAACUGGAUUAGCCAUCUACGUGGAUGCACGUAGCCGUAUGAAGCCGCCGUUGCCGAAGGGCUACUUCGGCAACGCGGCGGUGGAUGUGAUCGCCACAGGCGAUGCGGGCGAGUUGGUGUCGAAGCCGUUAGGGUUUGCGGCGAGCAGAGUGAGGGAAGCGAUCGAGAGAGUGACGGACGAGUACGUUAGGUCAACCAUUAAUUACUUAAAGAAUCAACCGGACUUGACAUGGUUUAAAGAUAUUGAUGAACCGCAGAGUAUUGACGAUCUAGGGUUUACCAGUACUGGAAUAAAGCCUGAUCAGUUCGUUGUGAGCUGGUUGACGUUUCCGAUAUACGGUGUGGACUUCGGGUGGGGAGAUGAAAUCUAUUUUGAUCCAGGAACGUAUGAACAUUUUGAUGGAGCGACGUUUAUUAUGCCUAGUCCUAGUGGUGAUGGAUCAGUGAUUGUUGCACUAGACUUGGAAGCGCCUUAUAUGGAAACUUUCAAAGAGGAUUUCUACAGAGAUAUCCACAAUUCUAUGAAGCUAAAUUAA